ACCAUAGCACUUUUAUCGAAAACUAGAACCAUUAUUGGGUUCAAUCGUGUUUAUGCCAUCAGCAGAUUGUUCCAACUGAACACUCUUAAAGUGUUGAGAGCAUCCUCUGCUUCCUGGUAUGUAUCUGGCCUAAUUGAUGCGGGUGAUUUCUAGGUUUCCUUGAUUAGUUUGCGUUUUCUUGCAUUUCCAGAAAGCUGACAUGCUUUGAGAACCAAAUGGAGAAGUUGAUUCUGUCUGUCAUUAUUCUUCAUGAGAGUAGUGUAUGUGAAACAACAAAGAAAAUCUACUAAGGAUAUAGAAACAAGACAGUCUUCGACUCCUCAAAGAAAGAAAAAUUGAAGCCUUAGGUGAUGGAAAUUAGUUCUUCGCCAUUUCCCUUUGAUUGGAGCAAUGUUCCCCAGCGAUUGCGGACAAAACGGAAGAGAAAAUUUAAUGGCAAGAAAGCACUUUCUAGACCCAACAAAGUGCACUCUAGACCAAAGGAAGCACCCUCUAGACCCAAGGAAGCAUUUUCUAGACCCAAGGAAAAGCUAGACAGUGGAAUGUUUUAUACUUUCUUGAUGAAGAUGUGGAAAAUUUUCCCAGAAGACAGGAAGGCACAGUUUAUGUGCUUUGACAGCUUAUGGUUUAGCCUUUACAGGACUUCUUCAUCUAAGGAUAAGGUGCUGACUUGGAUUAAAAAAGAACCUAUUUUCUCCAAGGCAUAUGUUUUUGUUCCCAUAGUCUGCUGGGGUCACUGGAGCCUUUUGAUCCUCUGCCAUUUUGGUGAGAGCUCGCAAUCAACUUCUAGAUCACGGUGCAUGUUGUUGCUGGAUUCACUUGAAAUGGCCAAUCCAAGGCGACUUGAACCUGAGAUCAGAAGAUUUGUACUAGAUAUUUAUGAAUCAAUGGACCGGCCUGAGACAAAACGAAUUGUAUCCCAAAUUCCAUUUUUGGUGCCUGAGGUGCCACAACAAAGAGAUGGUAAUGAAUGUGGAUUUUUCGUGCUCUAUUUCAUUAAUUUGUUUUUGGAGCAUGCUCCUGAUAACUUCAGCAUGGAGGGAUACCCUUACUUUAUGAAAAAAGAUUGGUUUAGCUUUGAUGGCUUGGAUAGGUUCUGUGAGGGACUUAAUUCAGUGAAUUAGACGUCUCCAAACUUGACUAAACUAGUUAUUAGAUCUCACAUACUUUAUUGUUGACUGAUUAUAUUAGAAUGGUAAUUGGGGGAUUUGUUCAUAUCAGAGGCAGGUGCAUCUAGAAGUUUAGUCUAUAGUAGAGAGGGUACUCUCUACUAUGCAUCUAGUUGAACUUUAUUGGACUUGUAUUUUCCUCUGCAGUUCA